AUGGCGACGGGAACAGCCCCGAAACGACUACGAUUCGACCUCUUCACUGAGCAUGUCGACAACACACAUAGUGAAGCCUGCUACCAAAUGGCAUUCAACACAUUCAAUUCUUUCCCUACCUACCUACCAAACCUACGAAUCGACAAAGACAAAGGAUGGAAUGGGGGUGGACUUGAUGGCAAGAGCAUGGGAGACACAGGGCAAAUCUACAGUGAAGCUCCCAGGCCAGGCUGCCAACAGGUGUUGGAGUUGGAUUCAUAA